AUGGCUCAUAGUGAGGAUACUCACGUACCAUUAAUUAAUUCAAUUGAAGCUGAGUCUUCAUCGGCUACUAAAAGGACUGACUCGCUUGAAGUAGUUAUAUUACCUUCUAAAACGGCAAUGACUAUGGAUUCAAAUGUUUUCGACAACAAUGAAACUCAUCCGAAAAAUGUUAAAAAACAGAAGAUAGCCGAAAAUAUCUCUUUAUCUAAUAUCAGUCGUCGAUUAGCCACACGGAAAGAAUUACAUAAACGACUUACUUUCGUGACUGAUAUCAUGUGUUUUCUUGGUAUUUUGGGAAUUAUUCUGAUGAUUAUUGAAAAUGAAAUAACAUUUUCUCAAAAUAAUAAUAAUGAUACUAUAUUAUCUUGGUCUAUCAAAAUAGUUAUUAGUUUAUCAACAAUUAUUCUCAUCGGACUUAUUUUCCAAUAUCAUCGUUUCGAUAUGUCUCUCUAUGCUGUUAAUAAUUCAAUUGAAGAUAGUCUUGUUACACUAACACACUGGAAAAUAUUUUCAAUUGUACUUGAAAUAUUAAUUUGUGCUAUCCAUCCAAUACCUCGUUCAUUUCCUCGUUAUUUGAAUACAUCAUCAACAGGCAAAGAUUCAAAUUCAUCUACACCUCCUUCUUAUUCUUUGUCUUAUAUAUCUAUUGAUGUUGCACUUGGUUUACCAAUGUUUGCUCGUCUUUAUUUACUUUGUCGUUUUAUUAUGUUUCAUUCGCAUCUAUUUCGUGAUUCAUCAUCACGUUCCCUUGGAUAUCUUAAUAAAAUAUCAAUUAAUUUCUUUUUUCUUAUCAAAACGUAUCUUCAACAAUGGCCAAUAAGUUGUUUAACAAUAUUUUGUUUAAUUCUUUUCUUUAUUGGAAGUUGGUGUUUACGUGCAUGUAGUUAUGUACCAAACAAUCAACAUUUACCAAUGCUCGAUUCAAUGUGGUUAUUUGUUGUAACAUUUACUACUGUUGGCUAUGGAGAUUUCACGCCUUCUACAUACUGUGGACGAACUAUUGCUGCUAUUAUUGGUUUGGUUGGUGUCUUUUCAACUGCACUUGUUAUUGCUGUUCUUGCACAAAAACUUCUGUUGGAUCGAUGCGAAAAAUAUGUACAUAAUUUUGCAUUGAAUAUUGGACUGGCAAAAGAACAUAAAAUACAAGCAGCAAAUGUGAUUAAAUUUGCUAUGAAAGUUUGGUAUAUGAAAAAUCAUAAGAGACCUGUAUCAUCUAUUCAAUUUCUUAAAGUACAACGACGAUUAUUUCAAUCAAUACAUUUUCUUCAACAAGUUAAACAAGAACAAGGGAAACUAAUCGACAAUUGUGUUGAUCAAAUCGAUCUACUAACUAUACAACGUCAGACAAGUGCUCAAACAUAUGAAUCUACAGAGCAAUUGCACAUAAUGAAAGUUAAAAUUGAUAACAUAGAAGAAAAAAUUGUUGAAAUAAACACAAAUAUAAACAAUACUGUGAAUGAUAUACAAAAAACAUUGAAUAUAUUGUUGGAUAAAGUAUCAAAAUAA